AGAUUCCCACUGUGCUUCGGAGGCACCGGGCCAGAUUGUCUUGGAACAUGAUGUGUGGCGUUCCUUUGGUUGGUUGAUGGCAUAGUAGUUCAAUCAGCACUGAUUACUUUCUGGACACAGGAGGUUUUCACUUGAGAAGAAGCGAUGGCACACCGAGAAUUUAUUGUCCUGUAUACUCAUCAAAAGACAAAAAAGUCAAAAGUGUGGCAAGAUGGAAUUCUGAAGAUCCCUCACUUAGGAAACAAAGCAACUUUAUAUGAUGACAAAGGAUCAUGUUUGGAAAGUUUAUUUCUUAAGUGCUUUGAGGUGAAACCCGGAGAUGACUUAGAAAGUGAUCGUUACUUAAUCACUGUGGAGGAAGUUAAAGUUUCUGGAAGCACAGCUGUUAAAGAAGAUGUCAAAGAAACUCCGCAGGCAAGGAGGUUUGCAUCCUCUGGCCGGUCUCUUGGAUGUCAGCCUUCUGGCUUAAAACGCAAGUUUACUGGUUUUCAAGCACCACGCCAAGUUCCAAAGAAAAUGGUUAUUCCAGAAAAUGGAGAAUCAGCAAUGUUGAUUGAAGCUCAGAGACCAGGUCCUAUGCUUGUACCUCCAUGUUACAGCAUACCGCCUUUGUUUCCUACUAUUGGCAAAAAAGAUGUGAAUACUCUACCAACGAACCUUGAGAAUGCUCUCUCUUUUGAAACCAAAGAAAGAAGUAGCAUGUCUUCAGUUGCUUUUACUCCAGGCUUUAAGGUUAACUCGGAAAUGCUAUCUGAAGAAAAUUAUUUUUGCUCUGGAAGCAAUCAUUCAGACCCUUCACUAACCAAUGAGCCAAAUAAAAGAGAUAAUUUGACAUCUCAGUGUUCAGGAGGUACACAAGCCGUCAGAAGCAAAGCACAGAUACUAGCUCUUCUGAAGUCCAAGUCUGCUAAUAGGUAUAAGGAAUUCAAUUCUGAAGCUGCGGAACAUUUUCCUAAGGUGCAACCACAAGAAAGUUUAAAAAUUCCUAUUAAGCCGAAGUGCUUCAGUCUGCAGGAAGAGUAUGCUGAGAUGAAGAGCGAAGGCAAUUCCGACUCUAAGUACCCAUUGGAAAGUACUAUGAGAAACGAAAGUCGGUGGGCUAUGUAUUUAUCUGUACCAAAUUCACCUGUGCACUCUUUGAUGAAGGAUGCCAGUGAUACAGAGGUUGAUGUAAAUAUGAAUGUGAAAGAACUUUUGUCACCCAAAGUAGACGUCUCAGAAACAAGUACUGAAAAGGAUAAAAAGCAUAGUGAAGAUAAGCCUGUGGGAAGUAGUCACCAAUCCUGGAAUCAGGAAGUAAAAUUAGAAAUUCCUUCAUUACGUGAAAGCAACAGCUUACUGGUUACCUGCAGGAGAGCAGAAAAUGAUGGUUUAUUAUCUAAUUCUGACAUUCAAGACAGGAAUAAAGUACCUUUUAGUCAAAAUGACAAGGAAUACCUAGGACAGUCUGUUUACAUUACAGAAAAUGCUCAUGUGGCGAAUGCUUGUGAAGCACUGGAAGAAAAGUGUGAGCAACCAGUUUCUUCUCUGCCAGAAUCAGAACACCUACAAACUGAAUCUUUUCUAAAUAGCAAUUCUGGGAUCUCUGAUGACAUCAGAGACACAUUUUCUAAAAGUCAUACUGAUAGGGGGCAUCUAAAUAGUAUUUGUGAACAGCCAUUUUUGGAGAUAAAUUUUAAUCUGAACAAUUUUGAGACCAGUGACACUGAGGACGAAUCACAGGAAAGCAGUAAAGUUUCACAAAAUUCAGAAAGUGGAAAAAGAGAAAUUUUGAUUAACGAUGGCAAUUCAAGUGUUCCGAAGAGGUGGAAAGAUAUAAGCCGUAAGGAAAUGGGAAGUGAACAUUUGCCAUUGCUAACAUCUAUUGGUGGAAAACCUGCAGAGACAUCCCCUGUUAAAGAGAUUCUGCCAUCACAUUUCCUUGGUAAAGCUUGUGUGGAUUUUGACACAGGACCCUGCAAAGCUGAAAACACAGAGAAGGGAGUAGACGAAGAAUGCAGUGACACAUUAAGCAACUUUGACUCAUCUUUAGAGUGGACUGAUGAUGUUUAUUUCUGUAAUAAAAAAGAUGCUAAGAAGUCUCUCGAAAAAGUCAGAAUUAACCAUGAUUUUCCUCUAUUCCCAAAUGAAGCUAAGAAUACAAACAUGAUCACUAAUCAAAGUUCUGAAAGUGGUAGCCUAUUUUCUGAAAAUGUUGCACGUCAACCUUCUAUUUUAGGAAUUGACUUAGACAAAAAUGAUAAACAGGUUUUCCCAACAACCUCUAGCACUGACAGUAAUAUCCAAUUAUUAAAUGCCAAUCACAAUCAUUCUGGAAGCAUUGAGCUUGAUAAAACAAAUACUCAAGAUUCCAGUUCUUCGUUUUACUCUCUGGAUAAAAAGAAUCCUGUUCCCACAGACAUCACGGUUUAUGUUCCUGAAACCAAGCACUUGGGAAAGUUAAGAAGUUUACCGAAUGACUAUAAUGAAGUCGAAGCUGCCAGACAAAGUGUACAACAUGGGGCUAGAAAACCAUCUGUUACAGUAAUUCCACAGUCUGUACUUAGGUCUCCUCAUUGGAACCAGGAUUCUCAACAAAUACUUGAAGAAAAUGAAGCGCUUCCAUCACCGAAUGAAGCACAUCAGUCUUGGCCAUUCUUUUCCAUGGAAUGUGAAGAGGAGAAUACUUUUCUAGCUGAUAUUCCUAAUCAAAUAGAGGGAAAAACCUGUGACUCUAAGCCUGUUGAGUUUCAAGGGCACCAGGUAAGAGGAUCAGCUGCUGGUGACGUGAUGGCCAGAGGCUGCAUCUCACAGCUGGACAGCAGGCAGUUUCCAGGUGGCACUGGGUAUGAAAACUCGAUGAGAAACACUUGUUUUUUCACGCCGAAGUUGCGUAGUGCUUGUAUACAGAAUGACUUCUCUCAGUUCCCUAAAGGAAACUUUCCAAAAGGAAGUACUGUCUUUAAUAUUGAAGACAAUUUGAAAAUGAUAGCUGAGUCUGAAAAGGACUCAAUUGAAAAUAAUUGUUUCCUUACAAAUGAAUCAGAACAUUCAUAUAAUUUUUUGAAUUAUGAUUUUAAGUCAGCAGAGAAGACUCUGUGUGAAGCAAAUAAGGUGACAUCAUCAGAACACACAUUGAGCCCUGUCUCUACUUUCUCUCGGAACACAAGAGAUGAAGACUUCAUGCUAGAAUUCUCUAAGGAAUCCUUGAAAGCAAGAACUUUUCCUGGUGACCAGAUUGCUAUUUUGUCUGCUUUAGGAAUGAAAAAGGCCAGUCCUCUGCAAACUGUGAAUACUCAAAGGCUCCCAUUAGUAAGUAGAACUCGAGUUCCACUUAUCACUUUGCCACCUGCUGAUGGGCCACCUGAAUCAGAUGCUUUUCCCUAUGUACCUGACUGCGACACACAAGAAUCUUCUGUUUCUCCCUUUUUCGAUUCAUGUGAAGAGUCAGCAGUUCCUUGUAGCUUCGGGUUUGGUGACAAAAGUGAAAUUUCUUUCUCUGAAGAAUCUAGGGAAAUGACUCCAUGGGAUGUUUUACUUCUUGAUAAUAAACUUACUCAGAGUAAAUGGCUGAAAUAUCAGAACAUAUCCCAGUACAACUUGACUAUUCCAGAGAGAGUGGAUCAGAAAGUAACAGAUGGCUUCUUUGCUGAGACGGGUUCUGGGCUGCAUUUUAGUGGCACAGAUGAAAUGCAGAGUGAUGCUGUGAAUGACAUCUCAUUAGACUCUGUGCAUUUGCAAAUGAUGAAAAGCAUGCUCUAUCAGGAGCAGCAGGAUGUUAGCAGCCGAGAUUUGGUUUCCAGAAAGACAGCACUUUCUUUGAAUUUAAAGCAAGCUUCCAGGACUGAGAAAAUUCAAAAAAUGUUAGGAGGGUCUGCCUGCUUCAACAACAGUGUAAAAGAGUUUCAGGAGAUAAAUGACUCUGAGCUGUGUUUCCCAAGUGGGCAGAAGAUAAAAUCAGCUUAUCUUCCCCAAAGGAAAAUCCACAUACCAGCUGUUUUUCAGUCUCCUGCUCAUUAUAAGCAGAUUUUUACCUCUUCUAUCAUAGAACAUUUAAAUAUAUUGCUUUUUGAGAUGGCAUACAGGUUGCACAAGGCUCUUUCAAAAGUUGACAUAUCAUUUUAUACAUCAUCAAAAGGAGAGAAACUGAAAAAUUUGGAUAAUAAUAUACCCUCCUGCCAUCAUAAUCAACCUGCAAAACUUGUUAUGGUAAAAAAGGAAGGUCCAAAUAAGGGUCGUCUCUUUUACACAUGUGAUGGGCCCAAAGCUAAUCAAUGUAAAUUUUUCAAGUGGCUUGAGGAAGUGGAUCCAGGAGUUUCAACGCAGGAAAAAUCUAAAUCUAGCUUGGUUUUAAGGGAUAUUAAGAGUAUUGGUGUAUUCUUAAGAAGUCAAAAGAUUCCGCUGUAUGAGGAAUGCCAGCUUUUAGUGAGAAAAGGAUUUGAUUUUGAGAGAAAGCAUGGGAAACUAAAAAAGUUUACUACAAUAAAUCCUGACUUUUAUAAUGAAUCAAAAAGCAGACUUUAUCUUAAGCUGAGUAGGAAAGAAAGUUCUUCAGUGUAUAGCAAAGAUGAUCUUUGGGUAGUUUCCAAAACCCUAGACUUUGAGCAGGAUACUUUCAUUGCGUGUAGUGCUUUUUUUGGACCAUCAUCUCUCAAGGAAGUUGAGCUGUUGCCUUUGAAAGGCUAUUUCCCUUCUAAUUGGCCCACUAACAUUAUGGUCCAUGCAUUACUGGUUUGUAAUGCUAGUACUGAGCUGACUACUCUGAAAAACAUUCAGGACUACUUCAAUCCAGCUACUCUUCCUAUAACUCAGUACCUGUUAACAAUGUCUCCAUCAACCACAGUCAGCAACAAGAGAAUUAAUAAGAGAAGAUUUAUCCCACCAGCCUUUGCAGAUAUCAACACAAAAUUUGAAUUACUCAACCAAGGAGCAACGUUGCAGUUAGCUCAUGAGUUAAUUCAGGUACACAGAUUAAAUGAGGAUCAAGCGACAGCUCUAAUUCAAAUAGCUCAGAUGAUGUCUUCCCACGAAAUUCUUGAAGAAGUGAAGGAAGUGAGGAGUCAUACUCUUCCUAUCACAAUCAUACAUGGUGUCUUUGGAGCAGGCAAGAGUUAUUUGCUGGCAGUGGUAGUUUUGUUCUUUGUACAGCUGUUUGAAAAGAGUGAAAUUCCUACAGUUGGAAAUGCAAGACCAUGGAAACUUUUGAUUUCUUCCUCUACCAAUGUAGCUGUUGACAGAGUACUUCUUGGACUUCUUGAUCUUGGAUUUGAAAAGUUUGUCCGUGUUGGGAGUAUUAGGAAGAUUGCCAAGCCAAUUUUGCCUUACAGCUUGCAUGCUGGCUCAGAAAAUGAAAAUGAACAAUUAAAAGAAUUACUUGCACUAAUGAAAGAAGAUCUGACUCCUGUGGAAAAAGUGUAUGUGAGAAAGAGUAUUGAGCAGCACAAACUGGGCACCAAUAGAAAGCUGCUAAAGCAGGUUCGAGUGGUUGGGAUUACCUGUGCAGCCUGCCCAUUCCCAUGUAUGAAUGAUCUUAAGUUUCCUGUGGUUGUGCUUGAUGAGUGUAGUCAGAUCACUGAACCAGCUUCUCUCCUUCCCAUUGCAAGGUUUGAGUGUGAGAAGUUGAUUCUUGUUGGAGAUCCUAAACAGUUACCUCCAACUAUUCAGGGUUCUGAGGCAGCUCAUGCAAAUGGAUUGGAACAAACUCUUUUUGAUCGACUUUGCUUAAUGGGUCACAAAUCAGUUAUGUUGAGAACCCAGUACCGUUGUCACCCUGCAAUUAGUGCUAUCGCUAAUGAUCUCUUUUAUGAAGGAAACCUUAUGAAUGGCAUUUCAGACACAGAGAGGAGCCCUUUAUUGGAAUGGCUGCCAACCCUGUGUUUCUAUAAUGUUAAAGGGCUGGAACAGAUUGAAGGAGAUAACAGCUUUCAUAAUGUGGCAGAAGCUAGCUUCACACUCAAGCUGAUUCAAUCACUGAUCGCAAGUGGAAUAGAGGGCUCUAUGAUUGGGGUGAUAACAUUAUACAAAUCCCAGAUGUACAAGCUGUGUCAUUUACUCAAUGCAGUGGACUUUGACCAUCCUAACAUUAAAGCGGUGCAGGUGUCCACAGUAGAUGCUUUUCAGGGAGCCGAAAAGGAGAUCAUUAUUCUGUCCUGCGUAAGGACAAGACAAGUAGGAUUCAUUGACUCAGAGAAACGGAUGAAUGUUGCAUUGACCAGAGGAAGAAGGCAUUUGUUGAUUGUGGGGAACUUAGCCUGUUUGAGAAAAAAUCGAUUAUGGAGUCGUGUGAUCCAGCAUUGUGAAGGAAGGAAAGAUGGAUUGCAACAUGCGACCCAGUGUGAACCACAUCUGAACCAUCUCCUUAAAGAUUAUUUUGAAAAACAAGCAGAAGAAAAACAGAAGAAGAGUGAAAAAGAGAAAUUUAACGAAAAAUCUCAAUCAUGAUAAGAUAUGGCAUAAGUAUUUUGUAUUUAUGUAAAUUCAGAUUCAUUUUGCACUGUAUAUUUUUGUAUUAUGCCAAAGCCUUUAUUACUAAAAAAACUUAUGCUGUUUACAAAGCAUGCUAAAUAUAUACAUCUAAAAUACUGGCUCUUCAAAAACUACAUUAUUAAGAUACACAAAGU